ACUGUGCUAACUGCAAAGUAAAAACGACAAGUUCCAGAGAAAAAAAUAUCAAUUUCAUAUUUUCAGUGCAAAAAUAAUAAAAUUUAUGUAGAUAUUUUACCAAAUACAAGUAAUUUAGUAAAUUUUUAAUUAGAUUAACAUUACGAGAUGGACACUGCACCCACCGCUGAUUUGGUAUAUCAGGGUAUAUGUACAUUAUUCCACAAUACAAACCCCAAAGAAAAAGAAAAGGCCAACAAAUGGUUAGAGGAAUUUCAGAAAUCGAUAUACUCAUGGACAAUUGCAGAUGAGUUGUUGCAGCAAAAACGGGAUUUACAUUCCUGCUAUUUUGCGGCUCAAACUAUGCGCAAUAAAAUACAAAAUUCUUUCAAUGAAUUACCUAUGAAUUCACACGAAUCUCUAAGAGAUUCCCUGAUAGCUCAUGUGGGUCAAAUUACGAAUGAAACCGAUACGGUGAUAGUAACCCAACUGUGUUUGGCAGUGGCCGAUUUGGCUUUGUUGAUGUCGUCGUGGAAACAGCCGGUAGUAGAUUUACUCGAUAUGCUUUCACCACAACCUCAAUCUGUUUGGCCACUUUUGGAAAUUUUGACUCUGAUACCGGAAGAAAUUGACUCGAGAUAUUUACGACUGGGCGCUAAUCGCCGAGAAGAAAUUCACAAACAAUUGGAUGCUGCUGCUCCAAAAGUAAUGGAAUUUCUUUGCAUGUGUAUGCAACAUGGUGAACCUUCUCAGGAAAAGAUAAUAAAUUCUACCCUUCGCUGUUACUCAUCAUGGGUGGCCAUUCAGGCGAUUCCUUUACAGCAAUCGGCCAACAAUGCCCUCACGCAGCAAGUCUUUCAUCUAUUGAGCCUAGAGAAUUGUUCUAGAAAAUUGCAUGAUACCUGCACGGAAUGUCUGUGUGCACUUUUAAGUUGUAUAGAAGCCAAUGCCGGAAGGGAUAAUUUAGACCCGCAGCUAAAGAUGCAGAUUUUCAAUGCAGUCCGUAUGUUGGAGACGGCAUAUCACACGUCAGUUGGCCUGGAAGAUAUCGAUAAAAUUAUGAACUAUUGUCGCAUUUUUACUGUGCUCUGUGAGGCAUUUUUCUACGAAAUGUUUGCCAAUGAAGAACAGCCCCACUACUCAAUAAAAGGAUUGGAUUUGGUGCUGAUAUGCGUUGGUCACUAUGAUUAUGAAGUGGCCGAAAUUACUUUUAAUUUAUGGUGUCGCCUGAGUGAAGAAUUAUUUCAACGUAAUAAUGAUACGUUAACGGGUCACUUCAAACCGCAUAUAGAACGACUCAUAGGAGCUUUAUACCGUUUGGCACAAAUGGAGCCAGAUCAUGAGGGAUUAAUUGACGACAAUGAUAGUUUUAAUGACUUUAGACGAAAGGUUUCAGAUUUAAUUAAGGAUGUGGCAUUUAUAGUUGGUUCAGGCAACUGUUUCAAACAAAUGUUUUUCAAACUUCAAGAACCCGGCUGUACUUGGGAGUCGACAGAAUCGGCACUCUUUAUUAUGCAAAAUGUUGCUAAAAACAUAAUACCUGACGAAAACGAAGUUAUACCCAAUGUGGUGGAAGCAAUAUUAAAUUUACCCGAAAAUACCCACAUAGCUGUACGUUACACCUCCAUAAUGUUGCUGGGCGAAUUGUGUGACUGGAUUGAAAAUCAUGCCGAAAGUCUUGAAGCUGUUUUAAAUUUUCUGUUGUACUCAUUGCAACAGAAAAAUGGCUUGGCUGCAGCAGCUGCAAUAUCUUUAACAUCAAUUUGUUCAUCGUGUCGACAAAAAAUGGUCUACCACAUUAGUGGCCUCGUGGAAAUAGCUCGUAGUUUAGACAGUUUCGAAAUCAAUAAUGACUUGGCUAUAGGACUGCUUAAGGGAAUAUCAUUGAUAUUGUCACGUCUGCCAAGACAACAACUGGAAUCGGCCAUGCGCGAAAUAAUUUCCUUCCAAUUGCAGCCGUUAGCUAUAAUGGUGGAAAGUAAUGCUCCCAACGCAACAAUAUGCAAAGGAGAACGUUCCGAUCCUGCUUACUGGGUGGAUAGGGCUUGUGCUAUUGUAAGACACACAAAUCCCGAUGUUCCCGAUAGUGAAUUGCAUCCAACUUUGCAAAUAUUAACAGAGGCCUGGCCCUUGGUAUCGCGACUAAUGGAUAAGUACCAAACAGAUGUACGAGUAAUGGAACGUACAUGUCGUCUAAUACGUUACGGAGUGCGUAUGGUACGCAAGCAGGCUUCCAUGUUGGUGGAGCCUCUGAUACACCAAAUGAUUACACUGUACACCUUACAUCAUCACAGCUGUUUCUUGUAUUUGGGUUCGGUGUUGGUCGAUGAAUUUGCUAAAGUUGAGGAAUGCAUUAAUGGUCUGUUGGCUAUGCUGAAGGCUUUCAUUGAGCCCACCUUUAAAAUGUUGCAGGUGGAAAACGGAUUAAAGAACAAUCCCGAUACCGUCGACGACUUUUUCCGCCUCUGUUCAAGAUUCAUUGACUGUUGUCCUUUGCCAUUUUUGCAAAGUGCUCUGGUAACACCAAUAUUUCAGUGUGCUUUGUUGGCCUGCACAUUGGAUCACCGCGAGGCAAACUCUUCCGUUAUGAAAUUCUUUUGUAACCUGCUAAAAUGGGGACGUAGUACAAACUAUAAACUGGCCGAGUGCAAGCCGCUGGUAAAGGAAAUAGCUGCACAGAACGGAGAGGCUUUAGUGGUAAAUCUCAUUCAUGCCUCGGUGUUUUGCUUACACUCCUACAUGCUGCCGGAUGUAGCUGAGGUAUUGGCUGAAUUGAAAGGUGUUAUUACCGCGGAACAAAUGGAGGCUUUUCUAAAAACUGCUUUGCAAGCUUUGCCAAAGAAAAACAGUGGAGGCUAUGUAACGGCCACAGAUGUGCAAUUGCACGAGUUUAAAGAGACAGUUUUAAAAUCUACUUCAACAAAAUCGGUAACCAUGGCUUUGAAAACAUUUACACGUUUAUUCCGUUAAAAACAACUCGAAAUUGUGACCUACAAUCAAAUAAAAAAAGAAAAAGUUCUCCAUCAACAAUAAACAAAAUUUUGUGACUGUAAAACAAACGAUCUUCUAUUCCUUUUUUAUUUUUUUAUUAAUUUUAAUCUUAUAAUUAAUGUAUCUUUUGUAAAUUUUUAGUUAUAUAUCUAUCUAUCUGCUAACUUAACCCUUUCCCCAAAUAUUAUUGCUUUAACAAAACAUAUAAUUUGUUAAAAAAAAACCACAAUGAGUAAAAGUAAACAAUUAUUUAGGACACCCCAUUCUAUUUGGUUUUAGUUAUGCUCUCACUAAUAAGUGUUUUAAACUUAUGUAUUGAAAAAUUCAAAAUUUUUACAAUAUUCUACAAAGCAUUUUUCACAGUUUAGCUAACAACAUACAUAUUUAGAAGAAAAUAAUUUAAAUUACAAAUGGAUACGCAAAAACCAAAAUUGUUUGAAAUUUGAAAAUUUUUAAAGAUAUAUAUUUAAUAAAAACAUAAAAUAAACAUAAAUUGUCCUAGAUAUAGUUUUAUGUUUAAUAGUAUAAUUUUAAUGAACAAAAUAA